AUGAAGCCUGUUCCUGAGGCCAAGAAGACCAGUUAUCAGUCCCACCUCAAUCAAAUUCAUCAUCAGAGGCAGGCAAUAACUCACAAGGGACAAAGGACAAACAAACUAGCAGUGGAUGCAGAGUCACAAGAUCUGGAAGACAAGCCUCCAAAGGUUGUAGGAGACAACCUCUAUAGCAGUGAGAGUGACAGUGACUCUGGGAAGGGAAAAAGAAGUGGAAAAAGGGACAGCAGGUCUGAAGGGUCUGAAGAUGAAGAAAGUUCUGAGUCUGAUUUAGAAGAUAGUGAUGCUGCCUCAGAUGCUGACUCCUGGCAUUCAGAGGAUUCUGAUAAGGUGUUGGAGUCUGAUGAAGAAGCACCAGCUGUGUUCCCUCAGUUCAAUGAAAAAACAAAGUUUGGAGAGUUGAAAUUCGAGGUGAGUAUGGUAUUUAAAUCAAAGUCUGAAUUCAUGCAAGCAACUAGGGAUUAUACAAUCCAGUGGGGUAGAAAUAUUUUGUUUUCAAAAAAUGACAAAGUUAGAGUUAGGGCUGUCUGCAAGUCCGAAGAUUGUCCCUGGGUAGUUUACUGUGCAUGUAAUAAGCAAGAUGGUUCUUGGCAAAUUAGGACACUAGUAGAUAAUCACACUUGUCCUAGAAGGAGGAAAAACAGAGCUGCAACCCAAACCUGGACUCUGAGUAAACUAGUUCCUAAGCUUAGAAAACACCCAACCAUGAAGCAUCGAGAGGUUUAUGACUGGUUUGUUAGAAAGUGCAACGUCUAUCUCAAUAGCACUUGCAUUACAAGAGCUUUGAAAGCCGCUAGGAAAAUAGUUGAGGGUGAUGAGAUAGCUCAAUAUGGGUUGGUGUGGGACUAUGCCAAUGAGUUGCUGACUAGUAACCCCGGAUCCACAGUUCAAGUGUCUAGGGGUUUUAAGGCUGGUUGCAGACCCUUAAUUGGUCUUGAUGGAGCGUUUCUGAAAACACUACAUGGGGGUCAGAUUUUAACAGCUUGUGGGCAGGAUGCUAACAAUCACAUACUUGUGAUUGCUUAUGCCAUAGUCAGUGUUGAAAACAAGGACAACUGGAAGUGGUUCAUUGAGUUACUGUACAAUGAUCUGGGAGACUACAGGGAGAACAAGUGGUGCUUCAUUUCAGACAUGCAGAAGGGAUUAAUACCAGCUGUUCAGGAAGUAUUUCCCAGGUGGUCCAGUACUGAACUGAAGGAUAUGGUUUGGGAAUGUGCUCGGUCUAGGACAACAGUUGAAUUCAACAGAAACAUGAACAGAGUGAAGCUCAUUAAUCAAAAAGCAUGGGAAUAUCUCGAGAAGUGGCCAAAAGAUGCAUGGACAAAGGCCCACUUCAGUGAACUACCAAAGGUGGAUAACAUAUGCAACAAUGCUUGCGAGUCUUUCAACGCAAAAAUCAAGCAUGAUAGGGGCAAGCCGAUUCUGACAUUAGCUGAGGAAGUAAGAAGAAUAAUAAUGAAGAGUAUUGUUGACAAUUGGAAGAAGCUAGAGAAUUAUCAAGGGAUUCUCCCCCCUGUUCAGCAGAGCAGACUCGAAGCCAUGACAGCGUUGUCUAGCCACUGGGCUCCUCAAUGGUCUGGUGAUGAAAAGGAAGAACUGUAUGAAGUUCAUGGCUGGCCAACCAAUAUGGUGGUUGACCUGGGAAAGCAUACAUGCAGCUGUCGUUUUUGGCAACUAACAGCUAUACAGGAUAAGAAUGACAAACGUGCUGAAGACUAUUGUCACGACUGGUUGAAGAUGGAAGCGUACAGGAAGACUUAUUGCUUCAAUGUGAAUCCAGUGAAAGGUCAGGAUCUGUGGGAAAAAACUCCACACCCAGCACCCGUCCCACCACCAUUUAAGGCAAAGCCUGGAAGACCAACGAAGAAAAGGAGAAGAGACAAAGAGGAACAACACACUGGGUCAAAAACAAAGAUGAAGAGGAAAUACAACCCUAUCAGAUGCAUGUAUUGCAGUGAGAUAGGACACAACAAGCGAAGCUGCGCAAAGAAGAAAGCAACUGAAGCUGAGGAGCAUGCUAGGCAGCUGCAGCUGCAACUAGCUCUGGUUGCCCCUGCUGCAGAAGGGGCUGCCCCUGAAGCAACCACUGUUCCAGCUGAACCUAAUCCAGCUGCAGCACCAACACAGACCCCGACAGUUAUUGAUGUUAGCCAGUGUGACAGUAUACCACCAACACAAGAAACACAACAGGUAAUCAGCCAUAUGUGA